GGCACAUCACAUAGUGGUUUCAACAAAGAUACGAUAUGGUGAUCAUCAUGCGUUACAUUGCCUUAGAGCAAGCACUUGACGAAUGCUUGAACAUCAAAGACGCCAUCCAAUCAGAAGCUCUUGGUCCAAGCCUGGACAUCGCGGCUCUUCGCCCUCUCGGCUCCGAAAGCUGGUCCAAGCGUCUGAUGCAAGCCGAUAAGAUCUCUAUCGAUAAGAAAGAGAUCCAGAUCAUACUUUUUUGCUGGUAGAAAUCCUAACGUGUGUCUUGGAGCUUCAAUCUCAACCCCAGACUCAAAGCCCCGCGUGGCGCAUCACACCCUCGAGUCAUUGAGCAGCCGCGUCUGCUAUGGUUCGAGGUCUCAUCAAAGCUGACCAUGGCUGAACCCUCCGCAACACAGCCCAAGGGCGACGACAAGAAGCGAAAAUCCUCAACGGCAGCAGCCGACUCGUCCGCCGCAGUCGUCUCAAAGAAGAGCAAAGCAACAGAGACAACGACGAAGACAACGACGACAAACACAAGCGCCAGCGCGGGCCCGAGCGCAAACGUCAAUGGCCCGACGACCCCUCUAUCCCCCUCGCACGAAGCCCUCCUCGCGGACCUCAGAUCGAAAUACGACGUCCUCCCCGCCUUCACCAUCUCCUCCACCAAGAUCCAGAAGCGCGUGACCUGGCUGCUGCAGCACCUGCGCAAAGACGACGGCGAUCCGAGGAGACGCGUCGUGCUCGUCUACGCGCGGCCGGGCGAGGUCGCCAAGAUGAUUUCGAUUGUGGAGACUGUGAAGCGCAUCGUUGCGGCGGAGAAGAAGGGCAUGGACGGAAAGGAGGGGGAAGAGAGCGGCGGCAAGUGGUAUCAGUACAAUCUCAUGUACGAGCUGCCGCCAAAACCCGAUGUCGUGGAAGAUACGGUGCUAGGCGGCAGCGGCGGCGGGACGAGAGAUGGUUCCGAAGACGACGGAGACGAAGACGAUUUCGAGGUCAUGGAGAGCAGGUUCGAGAGAGCUGUGCUACCGCAGCCGACGAAGCGUGCGGCCAAGUCGCUGAGCAUAUUUCUUUCGUUGGCGCCCGUGCCGGAACUCAAGGCCCGAGGGGUUGUUACGACUCAGACAAACACAGCGCAGUGAGAUGCCAAGCCGAGCUCGACGGCGCUCUAGCUUGGGAACUUGGGACAAGGUCGUUUAGGGUUCAAGGUUGGAUCCGAGUCCAUGAGCUGCGGUCUCGGAGAAUGGAGACGGGAGGAGAAACGAAAGAGAAAGAGAUGUCCGAGGAGUGAAGUCGCGAGAUGUCGCUUGCAACGGCAUCCAUCAUUGGCAUUGCAUCGAGAGGCGUUAUAGGAAGGGAGGGGC